CAAGACUUCCUGGGCCCUGGCCGGGGGCUGGGAUUGUGGUCUGAAGUGGCAUUUGGCAAAAUUGGGGACCUUCUUGGAAGAGACGUGUCCUUUAGUCUGCGGCUGGUUAGUAAGCAUGACCCGUGCAGCCGGUGGACCACUUUUGAAGCUUUUGUGAAGAAUCGGAUCGGUGCGUGUACAGACAGGUGGAUAGGAAACCAGAUCUAAAACGCAUUAAGUGGAAAAGAUGAAGAGAUGGAACAGCGAGUGUGGAAAGCACCCAUUUCGGGUUAAAAUACUACAAAAGAAAUGCCAUGGACUGAUAUCAUCGCUGAUGCACAGAAAGUUUCCUGUUUCCUGGACUGUUUAUAAUCAGAAGAGCUGGGCAGGGCGGGAUCUGAGAGAGGAGAGAGAGGCAGCGUGGGGACAGUGAUAACAGAGCUGGCACACAUGUGACGCCACUGCGGGCCAGUGUUGCCUAGCUCUCCUGUUAACUGGUUGAAUUCUUACAACACCCUCCAAGGAACACCCUCUAAGGCGUCUGGGGCCUGAAUGGAGAACGCGUCUCUCAGCUACGAGUACGAGUACGGGGAUUACAGCGACAUUGGAGAUCUCCCCGUGGACUGCCCGGACGGCGCCUGCCACUCCAUCGGCUCGCUCCGCGUGGCCUCGCUGCUACUGUAUGCUGCCGUCUUCCUGGUGGGGGUGCCAGGCAACGCCAUGGUGGCCUGGGUGGCCAGGAAGGAGGCCCGCCGGAGGGUCGGUGCCACCUGGCUGCUCCACCUGGCCGCAGCGGAUCUGCUGUGCUGUGUGUCUCUCCCCAUCCUGGCAGUGCCCAUUGCCGGUAGGGGCCACUGGCCAUAUGGGGCAGUGGGCUGCCGGGUGCUGCCCUCGGUCAUCCUGCUGUCCAUGUACGCCAGCGUCCUGCUCCUGGCUGCUCUCAGCACUGACUUCUGCCUGCUGGCGUUCAGGCCCACCCGGUGGGCAGCAGCUCAGCGGACACGGGGGGUGCAGGUGGCCUGUGUGGCAGCCUGGAUGCUGGCCUUGCUGCUCACUGUGCCCUCUGCUGUCUACCGCCGGCUGCACCAGGAGCACUUUCCUGCCCGGCUGGAGUGUGUGGUGGACUACGGGGGCUCGGCCAGGACCGAGGUCGCAGUGACUGUCACCCGUUUCAUUUUUGGCUUCUUGGGGCCUCUGGUGGUGGUGGCCAGCUGCCACGGUGCCCUCCUGUGCCACGCUGCCCAACGCCGUUGGCCACUGGGCACGGCCGUCGUGGUGGGGUUUUUCGUCUGCUGGACGCCCUACCACUUGCUGGGUCUGGUACUCGCCAUGGUUGCCCCGAACUCUGCGCUCCUGGCCCAAGCCCUGCGGGCAGAUCCCCUGGUCGUGGGCCUUGCCCUGGCUCACAGCUGCCUCAAUCCUGUGCUCUUCCUGUAUUUCGGGCGGGCUCAACUGCGCCGGUCACUGCCCGCUGCAUGUCAUUGGGCCCUGAGGGAGUCCCAGGGCAAGGAUGAAAGUGUGGCCAGCAAGAAAUCCACCAGCCAUGACCUGGUCUCGGAGAUGGAAGUGUAGGCUAGAGGGACUAUUCCAUUUCACAAAACGGGCUUCAGGCAUAGCUGGAUCCAGGGGCUCACCAAUGUCUUCAUUUUAUUCCUUCCUUCAUUCAACAAACAUCCAUUAUGCACUGGCAAGGCCUGGUUAUAGGCACUGGCCAUAUAGCAGUGACCAAGACAGACACAAAUCCUGCCCUCGGGGGCUGACGUUCUAGUGGAGAAAAAUAGACAAUAAACAAAGGAAUGUGGAGUAUUUCAAGUGGCCAUAAGUGUUAAAAAACCUAAGGGGAUAGAGCAGGCUGGGUGGAGGAAGGGAGGGUUUAGCCAGGCGAGGCCCCCUAGGUAAGGUGACAUUUGAGCCAAAACCUGAAGAAAGAAGGGGAGUCAUGCUUAAAUUUGGGUGAUGGGCGUUCCAAGCAGAGGAAACAGCAAGAGCAAAGGCCCUGGGGCAGGAGGUACUUGACGUUUUCCAGGAACAGUGGUGAGGCUGGCAUGGGUGAAGCAGAGUGAGCGAGGGGGACAGUGGUGCGAGACGAAGUGGGGGGCAGAUUUGGAAAGCCUUCUAGGCCACACCACAUGUUUGGGGGCCCAUGGAAGGGUUCUGAGCUAUGGUUACCAGACAAAAUGCAAGAUUCUCAGUAAAAACUUAAGCUUCAGAUAAACAACACAUUUUUUAGUGUUACAAUGUCCCAAAUAAUCACAUGGGAUAUACUUAUACUAAAAAAUUGUUGUUUAUCUGAAAUCCAAAGUUAACUGGGCCUUCUGUAAUUUGUGUGCCUGCUAAAUCAGGCGACCCUAUUCUGAGCACAGGGAUGUCUUGGUCUGACUUAGAUUUUUUUUUUUUUUUUGAGACAGAGUCUCCCUCUGUUGUCUGGGCCAGAGUGCCGUGGCGUCAGUCUAGC